AUGAGAUACAAGAAAACGUUAGGUGUCGAAUUGAAGAAUUGUGUUGCUAAUCAGAAAUUGAUUAAGGUUGAAGCUUCUUCUUUCAAGCUUUCCGAUGCAUCAAAGAAGGAGAUAAAAGCUGUUGCUGCUGCCGAUGAGAAGACCAAGAGCAGGAAGAAACCAACAAAUUCAUCAUCAUCAAAGCCCAAGUCUACUACUGCUGUUGUUCCAACUACCUUCAAGAAAUCUGAAACUACUACUGCUGCACCUAAGAAGAAGAAAAGUGCUGCUCCUGCAAAGAAAGUUGCUGCUACUACUCCUACAAAGAAAGCUGUUCUGCAGACAGAGGAAUAUGCCUCUUGGUACUACUGUUAA